AUGGCUCCCAAACGACGACAUGCUGCACCUCUAUUAUUUACAUCCUCUCCUGUUCUUUCCGUCUUAAUAGUGCCUUUCUUGCUGUUCUUCCUUGCCUUUCCAGCACCCGCUGCUGCUGCUGGAUCCGCAGUGAUCGGUAUCGAUGUGGGCACAGAAUACCUCAAAGCGGUGCUUGUGAAGCCGGGAAUUCCAUUGGAGAUCGUCCUAACAAAAGACUCGAAACGUAAGGAGUCUGCUGCUGUUGCAUUCAAACCCACCAGAGAUAGUGCGCCGUUUCCUGAGAGAUUCUACGGCGGCGACGCGCUGGCACUCGCUGCACGGUAUCCGGACGAUGUCUACGCAAAUUUGAAAACACUGCUAGGAGUUCCAUUCAACGGUGACGGAAACGAAGCGGUUCAAACAUUCAUUAGCAGGUAUCCCGCCUUGAAGCUAGAAAACGCUGCUGGGCGUGGAACCGUCGGAUUUCGAAGCAAUAGACUUGGCGAGGAAGAAAGGAAGGAUAUCUUCCUUGUUGAGGAACUUUUGGCGAUGCAGUUGAAGCAGGUCAAAGUCAACGCCGACAAUCUUGCCGGAAAAGGCUCAGAUAUCAGAGAUGUGGUGAUCACCUAUCCCUCCUUUUACACGGCUGAGGAGAAGAGAAGUCUAGAGCUGGCGGCGGAGUUAGCGGGUCUGAAUGUUGACGCAUUUAUUAGUGAAGGUCUCGCUGUUGGAUUGAAUUACGCGACCAGUCGUCAGUUCCCCAGUGUUUCCAACGGACAGAAGCCCGAAUAUCAUGUCGUCUACGAUAUGGGUGCGGGUUCCACAACCGCCACCGUCCUUCGUUUCCAAAGUCGCUCGGUGAAAGAUGUUGGAAAGUUCAAUAAGACAAUUCAGGAGGUCCAUGUUCUAGGAACAGGCUGGGACAAGACCCUCGGUGGAGAUUCUCUGAAUGAUCUCGUGGUCGGGGACAUGAUCGCGAACCUGGUCCAGGACAAGAAAUUGAAAGAUCGUGUCGCACCAUCCGAUAUCGCUUCUCAUGGCAAGACCAUGGCGCGGCUUUGGAAGGACGCUGAGAAAGUCCGCCAGGUUCUGAGCGCCAACACUGAAACGGGAGCCUCUUUCGAAAACCUCUAUGAGGAAGACUUCAAUUUCAAGUACCGCAUCACCCGCUCUACGUUUGAGCAGCUUGCAGAACAGCAUAUUGCCCGGGUUGGACAGCCUCUCGAGCAAGCUCUAGCGGCUGCUGGGUUACAGUUGAACGAUAUUGAUUCUGUCAUCUUGCACGGUGGGGCUAUCCGUACCCCAUUUGUCCAGAAGGAGCUGGAGCGGGUCUGCGGAGCGUCCAACAAACUCAGAACCAGCGUUAACGCAGAUGAGGCUGCUGUUUUCGGUGCUGCCUUUAAGGGGGCUGCCCUCAGCCCUAGCUUCCGCGUCAAGGAUAUCCGGGCCCACGACGUCUCUGGUUAUCCCGUCCUGCUGAAGUGGCCUUCUGAAUCUCGGGAGAGACAGCAGAAGCUGUUCACUCCCACUUCCCAAGUUGGCCCUGAGAAGCAAGUCACAGUGAAGAACCUCGAAGAUUUUGAGUUCAGUUUCUACCAGCAAAUUCCCUUGGAGGGCAAUGUAGUUGAGUCACCAGUUUUGGGUGUGCAGACGCAAAAUCUUACGGCAUCUGUCACCAAACUGAAGGAGAGCUUUGGCUGCUCUCCUGCAAACAUCACUACCAAGUUCUCUAUUCGUUUGAGCCCUGUUGAUGGUCUUCCCGAGGUUGUCAAUGGCGCCGUGAGUUGCGAAGUGGAGAACACUAAGACGGGAAGUGUUGUUGAAGACGUCAAAGGCUUCUUCGGUCUAGGUUCUAAGAAGGAGCAAGCUCCUCUUCACGAAGAUGGAGAGCCUAGCGAGUCGAUCACUCUGGAGCCUGAGGAGUCCCAAGCCUCGACAGCUUCAGCCAGCGACGCUACUUCUACCGCCUCUGCUAAAGAAAACAAGAAGACUUCACCUCAGACCAAUAUGGAGACUAUUCCCAUUCGCCUCACGUCGUCUCCUCUAGGAAUUCCUGCCCUAUCCAAGACCGAGCUUGGCCGUGUAAAAGCACGUUUGGCCGCAUUUGACGCCUCAGACCGUGAUCGUGUCCUACGCGAAGAGGCUUUGAAUGAACUGGAGUCGUUCAUCUACCGAAGCCGUGACCUUGUAGAUGACGAGGAGUUCGCCAAGGUAAUCAAACCAGAUCAGUUGGCAGCCCUACAGGAGAAGGCGGCUGCCGCUAGUGAGUGGCUUUAUGACGACGGCGAAAAUGCAAAGACAUCAGAAUUCCACGAAAGACUCAAGGCCCUGAAAGACAUUGUUAAUCCUGCGCUUAAAAGAAAACAAGAAAACGCCGCUCGCCCAGCCCGUAUUGAACUUUUACAGGAUGUGUUGAAGAAUACUAAGACUGUCCUGGACCUCAUGGAGAAGCAAGUCAAGCAGGACGAAGACCUGUACUCUUCAUCUUUCUCUGCAUCCUCUACCAGUGCAGAAACUUCAUCAGCUACUUCAUCUAUUGAGCCAUCUUCAACCGCUGAUCCUCUUGACGACCUGGAUGAAGACCCAUACUCGUCCACAGCAUCCCAAACCACCUCAACCACCUCAACGACUAAACCCACAGGUCCAAAGUACUCGAUCUUCCAGCCAUCUGACCUUGCCGGUUUGGCUCAAACAUUUGAAUCCACCAGCACUUGGUUCGAAACGCAGUUUGCUCUUCAGGAGAAACUGGCCGAAUCCGAUGACGCAGUUUUGACUGUGGCUGAGCUUGAUAUCCGUCUCAAGGAGCUUGAGCGUAUCAUGAACCGUAUUUAUGAAAAGAUGGGUGCAGCGGCAGCCAAGUCCGGAAAGGACCAGUCGAAGAAAAACGGCAAGAAGGCCAAGUCCGAGAAGGCCCAGAAAGAGAAGUCACAGCAAGAGAACGAACAGAAACAAAAGGCCAAUGUCAAGGACGAACUGUAA